GAGCUCCCACGGCCCAGCACCUCCCGCCCCACUGCCCUUAUCUGCCCCUCUCCCCUUGCGAAGGCUUUGGCAGUGGGACGGCGCCAUGCGGGGCGGCGCGGUGCUGUGGGUGCUACUGCUGUCACUGGCCUGGCUGGGGCGGGUGUGGGGGGCUGAGGGUGGGGAGGAGGAUGGGGAGGUGAUGGCGACCGAAGAGGAGGAGGGGGAUGAAGAGGAUGAGGUGCUGUCGGAUGAGCUGGAGGAGGAGGAUGGUGUCCUGGUGCUCCAUGAGCACAACUUCGCCCGUGCCCUGCGCGAGCACCGGCUGCUGCUGGUGGAGUUCUACGCUCCGUGGUGUGGGCACUGUCGCCGCCUGGCCCCUGAGUUCGCCCGUGCGGCCGCAUUGCUGAGGAACGGAUCGGAGGUGGCGCGGCUGGGCAAGGUGGACGCCGUGACGCAGACAAACCUGAGCUCUGAGUUCCACAUCCAGGCCUUCCCCACGCUCAAACUGUUCCGUGACGGCAAUCGCACCCACCCUGUGGCCUACAGCGGCCGCAUGGACGCCGAGGGCAUGGUGCUGUGGAUGCAGCGCCGGGCCGGGCCCAGCGCCACGCUGCUGCAUGAUGCCGACACCGCUGCCGCCUUCAUCAGAGCGCAGGACAUCGCGGCCGUGGGCUUCUUCAAGGACCUGCACAGUGCGGCGGCGCGGGCGUUCUAUGAGGUGGCUGAGGAGGUGGUGGAGGUGGUGUUCGGAGUGGCCGAGGCGGAUGAGCUGUUCAAGGCGUACGGGCUGUCGGCCGACACCGUCUGCCUCUUCAAGAAGUUCGAUGAGGAGAGGACGGAUUUCCCCGUGGACCCGGAGCAGGGCCUGAAUGUGGCCGAGAUGACGCGGCUGCUCCGCGUGCACAGCCUGCAGUUGGUGAUGGACUUCUUGAAUGAGACCUCCGGACAGAUCUUUGGGGCCAAGAUCCCCAACCACAUGCUGCUCUUCCUCAACACCUCUGUAGCCGAGCAGCAGGCACUGCGGGAUGAGUUCCGUGCGGCCGCCAGCGCCUUCCGGGGUGAGGUGCUCUUCGUGGUGGUGGAUGUGGACGGGUACGGUGCCUCUGUUUUGCACUUCUUUGGUCUGAAUCCCAGUGAUGCGCCCACACUGCGCCUCAUCAAGAUGGAGAACAACCGCAAGUACCGCAUGGAGGCAGACGCCUUCUCAGCCACGGCCAUACGCGACUUUGUGCGGGCAGUGCUGGACGGGAAGGUGAAGCCCCAGCUGCUGAGUGCAGAGCCCCCCGAGGACUGGAACACGCGGCCCGUUAAAGUGCUGGUGGGGAAGACCUUUGAGCAGGUGGCAUUUGAUGAGACCAAGAACGUCUUUGUGAAGUUCUAUGCUCCGUGGUGCACCCACUGCCAGGAGAUGGCGGCUGCCUGGGAGGAGCUGGGCGAGCGCUACAAGGACCACGAGGACAUUGUCAUUGCUGAGAUGGAUGCCACAGCCAACGAGCUGGAGAACAUCACCAUCAGCGGAUACCCAACACUGCACUACUUCCCUGCUGGGCCGGGCAGGAAGAUGGUUGAAUAUCGGAGUGCUCGAGACGUGGAGACCUUCUCCAAGUUCCUGGAGAAUGGAGGGAAGCUGCCGGAGGAGCCACCCACGGUGUCCAUGGCCCCAGAGAACAGCACAGAGUCACCGAGCUCAUCUGGCACAGCCGAAGCCCGGGAGGAGCUGUGAGUCCUGUCCUGCUGCAGUGGGCAUUAUAAAUGACCCUGGAAAUGAUGCGGGCUCUGUCUGUGUCUGUGGGAUGCAGCUGACAGCCAUGUCAUGGGGCACAUGGCACUGAAUGCUGCCUGCUUGGCCUCCUGGGGACACAGUGCAGCUGGUGGGUGCCUCGAUGGGGGUUGAGCCCACUGGGGUGUGCAGGGCAGUCGGUCCCAUGGUCAGCUUGGCCUCAGGCACCCAUGGCACUGAGCAUUCCCAUGGAGGGGGUGCUGCCUUUGCCUUCCUGUGAUGCUGGACCCAACACAGCCCUGGGCACGCUGUGAUUCUCGUCCUUCUGUCCCUGCAGUGUCAGAGUGCUGCAGGCAGCCCAGGUUGGCCCUUGUGCUGCCCCAGGCAUGGGGCUGUCAGGGUUUCGGGGAUGAAGGAACCACAGAAGGCUUUCAGCUUCAUGGCCCCAAGGCCUCCUGCCUCACACCUGGGCUGCAAUAAUGCAGAGCUGCCCCAGGGCUCCAGUCCCAGCAGCUGCUUUCACACCCUGGAAAGGCAGGAGUAGCCCCAAAUUGGGCUCUAAAGAGCCCUCUGGAGCCUUUCCAAUGCCUGGCUCACAGUCUCAGUCCCCAGCACCAUCCCCUCCCCCCUGAGCUGCUGCUCUCCAGCCAUAAGCAAUGGCUCUGGGACCCCCAUGCCCACCCUGUGGGCAGCCCCAUUUGUGUGCCCAUGGCCCUGGGUCAAAGCAGAGCCCUUCUGUCUGCUCCCAUUCUCAACCCACUCCCACGUCUGCUCCGCGGGGAAGGAAGAAACCAGAAGGCACCGGGAUGUGGGGCUUUAUUUCAUUUUAUCCAAGUACCUUUGAAAAGAUCAUUGUACAAGUCAGCACAUGAGGAUGCACAGGAGACACCAGCAGGGCUGCACGGCCGCUGGAGGAUGCUGCGCUCAGCAAAUGUACAUAUUUACAGGGAACCCCCUGAGAAAAAUAAGGGGGAGACGGAAAUCCCAGGCAUGGCAACAACCUCACCAGACACAACACCAGCAGAACUUAAAAAAGAGGGAGGAAAAGACGCUCGUAACACUGUUCCCUGGUUGAAAACGAUUGCAGAUUUUGCUGGACUUCACAUAGUGGUAGGCAAGUCACAGAACCGUGUUUAAAGGCACGUGACGCUGUACAAGAGGCUGAGUUGUCACCCAGCUACUGCGAACCGCCUGCAGGCAGCCGGGUUGUGCCCCAGUGCUGCAACAGCAGUGAGCAAUGGGGCAUGUGGGCAGGCAGGGUGAGUGCUGAUGUGGGACCCCCGAGGAGCUGGAGCUGCGGGCACAGGGUUUGCCCAAUGGCUGGUGCAGGGCUGCGGCUGCUGGGGCACAGAGCACAGCCUGGGCUGGUGGGAAGGGCAGGGCUGAGGGCAGGUGGAGCUGAGAUCAGACCCAUCUGCACCCCAGUAGUUGCCCCUUACAGUGACUGCAGCAUUUGGGGGACCUGGCUGUACAACAGCCCCUCAACUCCUUUGCUGCUGGCUUCAGACCCCUCACACUGCUUCCCCAGAGACAGAACCUGACAGAAGACACCGGAUUCAUAACACGAUGGUUUCUGUCCUCAGACUGGAAGUGUCUCAUUGGUUUCCUCCCUGAACUACCCCUCUCCUAAGGCAACACCCCUGAGCAAAGCCCAGCCUUGGCACUGGGGUCUGCACACAGCUGCCAGCCCUUCAUUGGGGCUGCAGCAACCUCCAGGAGGGAACGUCUGCCCCAAGAGCAGGCACAUGUGGGGGACAAGCACAGGGCAUGGGAUGCCAGUGUCCAGCCCCGCAGUGCUGAGCAGCAGCUGACCCUCACUGGUGGCCCACAGCCCUGCCCUGGUGGAAGGCACCACAGGAAGCCUGCAGCACCAAGAACUGGCACCCACCCUCCCUUUCCCUUGGGGAUUCACUUGGUCACAAGAAAGCUCAGGAGGAAAACCACCCCUACCAGGUCCAAUAGCUGCGACUGCCAGGGAGGCGAGAGCUCAACUCGUUCAGAGUGGCUCAAUAAUCUUCAGUGGGGGCCACUCUGGAGUGCAGCAGUGACUUCCACAGCAGCAGGGACAGCAGCUUGUCGGCUGGGUGCACCCCAGCCCAGCAUUGCUCAGAGCCAUCCACACUGAGGGGGCAGGGAAGGGGGGCUGUGAAAGCGAGGACCACACGGAGUCUGAUGGAUGGCUGUACACUUUGGGUGCGUUCUGCAGUACCUGCGUGUUUUUACAUUU